CCCUGACUUUGAACACUAUAGUUUGCGGCAUGAUCCUCUGUGGUUUAGCGUGAGUGCUUGAUCAUUGAGCUUGUACGGUCCCUCACUUAGGCGUCAAAGAUUAUACACGAGAAGCCCUGAAGUCUUAUUCAGUAUGAAGGUCUGGCCAGUCAUAGUAUAGUUUUUAAAAACCCUAACGAAUCCAUACCUCGAAUCAGUGGGGGCCAAUAUCGACAUUUGCAAGCGCAUUAUGUGAUUCUGUCAUCACAGGGUCCAUAUGGUUGUUCAUGCGACCAGCACGAACGGGCAAUAUUCGGUGUGUGGUCUCUGCUUUGCUUGUUGUCCGACUCAUGCGGGAUUCUGUGAUGAAAGGAGAAAGUCAAGAAAUUAUGUCAGUGAUAUGAUGUGGGUUUUUAUCAACAUGGGCUUAUUUUCGUGCAUUUUAGCAAUCACUGUGGCUGUAGUGGUAAGUGGUUGUCGUCCAUGCUUGCGAGACGAGGGAUCAAGACUGUUUCAGUAUAUGUUUCAAGAUGGUCUUAUGGGACAGUUCUACACCGCUGCACCUGGAGCGGUGAUAGCGAAAUGUCAGUACGUUUCCUUUGCGCUGCGGAUACACUAAAACCCUCGUCAUAGCCUAUAUGAACUCGAUGAUGACGGUGCUCAAUGCUAGGAAGUCCAUCCGCGAACGGGAACAACUUGGCUA